AUGGGCAAGAACAGCAAGGGAAGCGGGGGGUCUGCCGGUGCAACCUCCAAGGCCCAUACGCCAAGCGGCGGCCAUGGGACUAACAAAAAGGGCAGCGGCGGUGCAGCCGCCGCUAUGGCGUCUGGCAGCGGCAAUGCCGCCGCUGCCGUCGCCGGUGGCUCCUACAGCCUCGAAAUUCGCGAGGGGUGUGUGGCGCUGAUGCGGUUCCGUAGUCGCGAUUCCAUGAACUCGCUCCUCGACCCCAUCAGCAAUGCCAUGGAGGGGGUCAUAGCCAACAGACUCGGCCACAAUUUUGCCCUUAUCGACACUGCACGGGACCACGUGGCCUUUCGGAAGGCCUGCGGAUUGCCGAAACAGGUCAAGUACGUGAUCGCCACUCUGGAGGGCGAUGCGCACUCCAUUAGGCAUGAGAUGUGCCAUGCCAGGUAUUACCUGGAUCCGUCGUACAGGGAUACGGUGAUGCAGGUAUGGAGCAGGUCGCUGGCCAGUGCACAGCGGGACGCCAUUACGGCGUUUCUAAACCGCCUUAAGUACGACACCGUUGCACACGUGGACGAGUUCCAGGCGUAUCUGGUGACCGAGAAGUCAAACUUUUUCGGAAUGGAUUUGACUGAGGCGCAACAACAGCUGCAGGCGUCCUUUCCUACGGGCAGCUGGCGAUGAUUCUCAUCAACCAACAACUGCCAACCACCAACCCACGGACAGGGGAGAAAGGGGGUUGCUGGUGGUGCAUGGGAGGACACUAUCGCGGCGUUUGCGUGCGUGCGUCUGUCUGUCUGUCUGUCUGGCCACAUAUGUUGUUCGAAGUCAACCAAAAAUUAACUCGGCUUUUAAGUAGCUCCGUAAGUUUCCCCCUACAGGUUGCCUGAAAUGGAAAGCGCAUCGGGCCCGUUAUUCACCACCAAACACCAACCGCUGUCUUACAACAAAGCCAACACGUUUUUGCAAACCUUUCAAUUUGGCUGCAAUGUACACGCCCUGCUAUUUGUCUCUUAGAGUAGAGUUGGGAUGAUGAGAGUUGGAGAUGAUGUAUUAUUGAGUGCCAUUAGUGGAGAUGAUUUAAUGUUGUUGCUCUUUAAGCAGCCUCUCGCACAAA